AUGCAGGUGGCAUCUACAACCCUGGAAGGCGGGACUGUGGUUUUGGCUCGGAAGGCUAGGCCGGAUACGGCAAAAAAGUCAUCACACGAGGUCGUGGGUCUGAAGUAUGGAAAGGCGAAGAAAAUUAGGUCUCUCCGAGAUGAGCUUCAGAAGUCCGAUGCUUUGAAAUACAAACAUGUUCUGAGCAUCAUUCUCGCCUACAGCGUCCUGGACUUUACAGGUUAA